AUGAUUGCUGCCCGUGUCCUGAAAAAAGAAAUUCGUGAUAGUAGAGCAGGGAGAGCGGCUCCAUAUGGACAGAUCUGUGGCCCUUGGUUCCCAUGGUUUCAAGGCACAAUGAAGCACACUGGCUCUUGGAAACUGUGGACUUGGGUGGCAAUGGUCCUGUUUCCUGUUUCCACUUGUGUGACUGUCAGAGACAAACCAGAAACAACUUGCCCUAUACUGAGAAUGGAGGGAUAUCAAGACAACAGAAACAAACUUGAAGUUUCCGGCUUUGAUCUGGGAGAAAGCUUUGCUCUGAGGCAUGCAUUUUGCGAAGGUGAUAAAACCUGUUUCAAACUGGGAAGUGCACUUCUUCUCAGAGACACUAGCAAGGUAUUUCCCAAAGGCCUUCCUGAGGAGUACUCUGUAGUGGUCACGUUUCGGGUACGAAGAAGCACCAAGAAGGAGCGGUGGUUUUUAUGGCAGAUUUUAAACCAGGAGAAUAUGCCACAGAUUUCUAUAGUGAUUGACGGCACAAAGAAGGUGGUAGAAUUUAUGUUCCGAGGUGCUGAGGGAGAUCUGUUGAACUAUGUUUUUAAAAAUCGAGAACUCCGUCCUCUCUUUGAUCGUCAGUGGCAUAAACUUGGCAUUGGUGUGCAAUCCCGAGUCCUUUCUCUCUACAUGGAUUGUAAUUUAAUUGCAAGUCGGCACACAGAAGAAAAGGACUCUGUGGAUUUUCAUGGAAAGACCAUUAUUGCUGUGCGAGCUUCCGAUGGCAAACCCGUGGAUGGUGAAAAUGGCUUACAUGGUAUUCCAGGCUUACUUGGUCAAAAGGGAGAACAAGGACUUGAAGGCAUCAAAGGAGAAAUUGGUGAAAAGGGUUUGAAAGGUGACUUGGGUCCUCGAGGUCCACCUGGUCCAAAAGGAGAGAAGGGUGAUAUGGGACCUCCUGGGCCACCAGCCUCAACUGGCUCCAUAGGGAUACAAGGCCCCCAAGGUCCACCUGGAAAAGAAGGUCAGAGGGGAAGACGAGGGAAAACAGGACCCCCAGGAAACCCAGGACCUCCAGGACCACCAGGACCUCCUGGAUUACAAGGACUGCAACAGACUUUUGGUGGAUAUUUCAACAAGGGAACUGGUGAGCACGGAGCUGGUGGCCCUAAAGGAGAAAAGGGUGACUCUGGGCUGCCAGGAUUUCCAGGGUCUGUUGGCCCUAAAGGGCAAAAAGGAGAACCUGGGGAGCCUUUAACAAAAGGUGAAAAGGGAGAUAGGGGAGAACCCGGCCUAUUAGGACCACAAGGCAUAAAGGGGGAACCUGGAGAUGCUGGUCCCCCUGGUUUAACAGGAAGCCCAGGGCUCAAGGGUCAGCAAGGACCUGCAGGUCCCAUGGGGCCCAGAGGACCACCAGGAGAUGUUGGAUUGCCAGGAGAACAUGGUAUCCCAGGGAAACAAGGCAUUAAAGGAGAGAAGGGAGAUCCUGGUGGAAGGCUAGGCCCUCCUGGACUUCCAGGUCCAAAAGGUGAUGCUGGACCUCCAGGGAAAAGCCUCCCAGGAAAACCAGGAUUAGAUGGAAAUCCUGGAGCACCUGGUCCACGUGGACCAAAGGGUGAAAGAGGACUGCCAGGUAUCCACGGCUCCCCAGGGGACACAGGCCCACCCGGGGUAGGAAUCCCCGGCAGGACAGGCUCCCAAGGACCAGCAGGAGAGCCAGGUAUUCAGGGUCCUCGAGGUCUACCUGGAUUGCCAGGAAUUCCAGGGACCCCAGGGAAUGAUGGAGCUCCAGGGAGAGAUGGAAAGCCAGGCCUCCCAGGCCCCCCAGGUGACCCGAUCGCACUUCCUCUCUUGGGAGACAUUGGCGCCUUGCUGAAGAACUUCUGUGGCAACUGUCAAGCCAAUGUCCCUGGGCUGAAAAGCAGCAAAGGGGAUGCAGGAAGCACCGGGGAACCUGGGAAAUACGAUUCUGCGGUCAGGAAGGGUGAUGUAGGGCCACGGGGUCCUCCAGGAGUCCCAGGCAGAGAGGGACCAAAGGGAAGCAAAGGAGAGCGAGGAUACCCUGGAGUUCAUGGGGAGAAAGGCGAUGAGGGUCUUCAAGGAAUUCCUGGCCUCUCAGGAGCUCCUGGCCCAACUGGACCUCCUGGCUUAACAGGAAGAACUGGACACCCUGGUCCCACUGGAGCAAAAGGUGACAAGGGCAGCGAGGGACCCCCUGGGAAACCUGGACCUCCUGGACCCCCUGGUGUCCCAGUCAAUGAAGGAAAUGGCAUGAGCAGUUUAUAUAAAAUCCAGGGAGGAGUGAGUGUUCCCAGUUACCCAGGACCCCCGGGCCCCCCUGGCCCAAAAGGUGAUCCUGGCCCAGUGGGAGAGCCUGGUGCAAUGGGCUUGCCAGGACUGGAAGGAUUUCCUGGUGUAAAGGGAGACCGAGGCCCAGCAGGUCCCCCAGGAACAGCCGGCAUGUCGGGGAAACCCGGUGCCCCAGGCCCUCCAGGAGUUCCAGGGGAGCCGGGCGAGAGAGGACCUGUUGGAGAUAGAGGUUUUCCUGGACCAGAGGGACCCUCGGGGAUGCCAGGCAUAAAUGGAAAAGACGGAUUACCAGGUGCUCAGGGCAUCAUGGGUAAACCUGGAGACAGAGGUCCCAAAGGAGAACGCGGUGAUCAGGGGAUUCCAGGAGACAGAGGUCCACAAGGUGAACGUGGAAAACCAGGCCUUAUGGGCAUGAAGGGAGCUAUAGGUCCUGUGGGUCCACCAGGAAGCAAGGGCUCCAUAGGGUCACCUGGCCACCAAGGCCCUCCAGGCUCUCCAGGCAUCCCUGGCACUCCAGCGGAUGCCGUUUCAUUUGAAGAAAUAAAGAAGUACAUUAACCAAGAGGUCCUAAGGAUUUUUGAAGAGAGGAUGGCUGGGUUUCUGUCCCAGCUUAAGCUGCCAGCAGCAAUGUUGUCUGCUCAUGCUCAUGGGAGGCCUGGCCCACCAGGGAAGGAUGGGUUACCCGGACCCCCAGGAGACCCAGGACCCCAAGGCAAGUGUCCUCUUCAGAGAAUCUUAAAGAAACUGAAGACAGAGUCAGGAGAUUCUGCUACAAACAGUCAUUUGGAGCUAACACCUAGUUGUGGGGAGUUUAGAGUGAUUGUAGAUUAG